AUGAAUCCAAACGAGGGGUAUAGAGAGGCACGUCGGCUACUUAAAACGAAGUACGGUAGGAGUUAUCUCAUCGCAACAGCAUAUGUCGAGCGCUUGACGAGUUACCCGCCAAUUAAAUCCGAGGACGGUGAGAGUUUACAGCGGUUUUCUAUUAUGUUGACAACCUGUAAAAACGCUCUGAAGCAAGUUGGCUAUCUUAGCAAAAUCGAAAAUCCCGAUAGCAUGCAAAAGAUCGUUGAGAAAUUGCCGUUUGGCUUGCGACAAAAAUGGCGUGACGUUGCCGAUGACAUCACAGAAGUCAAGCAGCGCGAGAUUACGAUCGAGGACAUUACGUCGUUUGUCGAGAAACGAGCCAGAGCAUGCAAUCACCCAAUAUUUGGCAAGAUUUCGAGAGAAGUUAAACUGGAGAAUGCUGGAAGGAAAAAUGUAAAGCCUACUCGUGGGUCCUCCUUUGCUACAAAGGGGAAAGAUGGCGGCUCAGUCCGUACUAAAGUGGUAUGUCCAUCAUGCGAGAGUAAUCAUUGGCUUUCUCAGUGCGAUGAUUUCAAGAAAAGGUCGAUCGAAGAGCGAUUUAAACUCGUGCGUUCGUUGAAGUUAUGCGACAACUGCCUUGUUCCUGGUCACGUGGGGCGUUCAUGUGAAAAGAAGAGCUUUUGCAAGAUCGAAGGUUGUAAACAUAAGCACUCGACAUUCCUGCAUCGUAAGCCCACCGAUCCAGGCGAGGAUGAAAGGAUUCAAAGGCAAAAGAACGAAGGUGCCGAAUCUCAGCCACCAUCUCAAGCCGGCGAACAGAAUGCCCACAAUGGUUACGUUAACGCGGAUGAUGUGCGUCGCAAUUCCCCUGUGGUAGGACUACCGAUUCUCCCAGUAAAAGUGAGGGCUGUAGGAGGCACAUCAACAGUCGAAACGUACGCCUUUCUCGACGGUGGUUCUAACACAUCGUUUAUUACCAAAUCUCUGCUGAACAAGCUCGCGGCGAAAUCCAGGAAGACAACUCUAUUGUUAACCACCAUGGAAAAGGAAAGAAGCAAGUUACAAAGCUCAGUCGUCAGCCUCGAAGUUAGUGAUUUGAAUGGUCAAAACACUGUUGAAAUUAUGAACGUCUUUUCCGUUUCCAAACUGCCAGUGUUGAGAGACGACAUCCCGCGGCAAGGCGAUGUAGAUCGUUGGUCACAUCUCGAAGGCAUUGUUCUCAAAGAUAUCGACAGCGAGGUUGGCCUCUUAAUUGGAAACGACGUUCCGAAAGCGCUUCAGCCUAAGGAGGUUGUGGAAAGCAACUCAGACGGGCCUUACGCCAUCAGGACUGUUUGGGGCUGGACAGUAAACGGACCGCUAGGUCGCAGCGAUCACCAUAGUGCAACGGCCAAUUGUAUUCAGAGCGAAGUUCAGAACAACGAGUUGGAAAACAUCUUCAGACAAUAUUGCAACAGGGAGUUCAACGACGUAGACGACGACGUAGCGAUGUCAUGUCAUGACAGGCGAGCGUUAAGCAUCAUGGAAGAAACCGUUCGUUUGAAAGACAGCCAUUAUGAGAUUGCGUUGCCUUGGAAGAGCCCUCGCCUGUCCUCACCGAAGAACAAGUCGGUCGCAGUACGUCGAUUGAUGUUCCUGAAGAAAAGAUUAGCGAGAGACAAUGACCUUUUCCAAAAGUAUGUCGCCUUCAUCCAAGACCUUCUACAGAAAGGCUAUGCUAGGAAACUAACCAAAGAAGAGAACACCUUACAAAGAAAUAUCACCUGGUACCUAUCACAUCACCCUGUCUUCCAUCCACAGAAGCCAGAUAAAGUUCGCGUGGUGUUCGACUGCGCGGCUGAGUACGGGAGCACCUCUUUGAACAAGCAGCUGUUACAGGGGCCGGAUCUCACGAACAGUUUGGUUGGAUUCCUGACGCGAUUCCGAGAAGGUCCAAUAGCGAUGAUGGCAGACAUUGAGGCAAUGUUCCACCAAGUGCGAGUCCGACCAGAGGAUUGUGAUGCCUUACGGUUUCUGUGGUGGUCCGACAACGACCUCAGUCGCGAACCCGAAGAUUAUCAGAUGACGGUGCACCUAUUUGGCGGCGUGUCUUCACCAACCUGCGCUAACUUUGCGCUGCGACAAACUGCUGACGAUAACGCAAAGGAAUAG